CAUUCGCGUGAGCGAGCUCGCUUCACUCCUCGUCUCCCCACCACACAAGCUGUGCCCAUGGACACUGCAGCGGUGCACCACGGCGAGGAGGAGGAGGAGGAGAUCGGCGUCUUCACCGCCGAGCGCUACUUCAGCGGCGGCGAUGUCGACGCGCUGUGGUGCGGCCGCUCGUCGUCCUCGCUGUCGUCCGCGUUCAAGAACGGCGGCCAGCAGGAGUACUGGUCGGCUGCGCCGACGACGCUCACGGCGGCCACCAGCUCGUCGGAGGCCAGCUGGAACAGCCGCUCCGUGCUUCUGAGGGACAGGGAUCCGGCAGUGUCCGCCUCCGUCGGGUCGGGGGCGCCUUCCGGCGCAGGUGGUGACCGCGGCACGCUCGGAGCGAAGCCGUCCUCGGCGUCGGCGUCGGCGUCACCGUCGCAUAACCUUCUUCUGCGGUGGCUGCUCGGCAUGGCUGCGUGCGCCUGCGCCGGCGGUGGCGUGGAGGAAGCGGUCAGCGCCGACGAGUGUCGCAGCGACGAGGCGCGUGCCGCUGGCGUCGCCCUCGGUGGGGGGAAACGGAGCGCCGGGGAGGCGGACGCGGCGUUGCCGGGAAGGAAGAGCACACAGGCCGCCGUGGACGUGAUCGCCGCAACGAGGAUGAGGCCUGGCCCCUGCGACGGCCACGGCAGCGACGCGUUCGACGCCGGAGCUGCCAUGCCUCCUCCCCUCGUGCAGCUGGCGGAGCCUCGCCGCAGCCUCCGCGCCGCCGACCCCGGUGAGCUGUCACUGUCAGCGCGGUUGCUGAAUCCCGGAGCCGCCUCAUCGGUGGCCGACGAGCCGCGGCGCAGGUCUGCGGACAUGUUCCCGUUGGCAAGGCAUCAGAACUCUGCCUUCACGAUCGUCGCCGGGAGCACGGCGGCGCGGGACGGUGCCGGUACAGGUACGGCCGGCGGCGGCGACGACGCGGCGUGGGACGGGGAGAUGGAGUGCGUGCACCCGCAGAGCGAGGCGAGCGUGGUGUGGAGCGUGGUCACCGCGGACGGCGCGGCGUCUGCCGGCAACUUCUCCAGCGCGGCGUCAGGGUACUACCACCACUGCUACUACUACCACAACGGCGGCGGCGGCGGGCGGCACACGGAUGCCGGGAAGAGCAACCGGAGGAGCAGAACCGGCGGCUUGCUGACGAUGGGGUGUAUAUCCGAUAGGGCCCUCGACGCGGUUAGCCCGGCUCGGGCGGUCCACCGUCGACCGCCGCCGACGGCGGAGGGUGCUGCCACGUGGCACGCCGCCGGCAGGCAGUAGAGUCGGCUUUGGAACCGAGCAGCGGCGGAGGAGUUGUGGACGAGGCUGCACGGAUGGAUUAAGUGGAUGUGUGAUUUUAGAGGUUUUCUUUAAAAAAAAUCAAAAUUUUGAAGAUUUUUUUAUUAGGAGAAGAUAAAUACAGGAGUAAUCAUUCGGCUGUUUCAGAAAAAAA